CGGAUCACCGUCUCAACUGCCACCAAUUGCGUAGCACUCGCCCAUGCGCCUGCUGCCAACGCGUUUCCAGCCACAGUCGCAGUCCUUCGUGCGAUGGCGGUCCGUUGUGGCUUCUCCGGACUGGCGACAAACUGUGGCAGAUUUUCAGCGCAAGGCGAAUGACACAAGUGUGUCAUUGACGACCAAAGACGUCGAGAAUGUCGUCCGCGUGUGCACGCAGAGCGAUCGGACUCGUGAGGCGUUAGACGCGAUCCGCAGAGGAGACAAGCGUGGAGUGGCUGCUCCGCUGAGCUCUCACGUUCAGAUCUGCUGCUCUUGGGCGCGCAAACGUCAAGCGGAUCGGGCGUUGGCCAUAAUGCCAGACCUUCGAGCCCGCUUUGGUGACCAGUUCCAAAUUGUUACGAAAAACCAGUCGAGCGUCUAUGAUCCGCUACUGUCGGUGUUUAAAUCGCAGGGAGAUUGGAGAAACACGCAUGCUGCCAUUGCACAGAUGCACGAGCUGGGCGUCACGCCUACGCUACGUGCGUUCCGAGUGCUCAUGUUGACAGCAGCGAAAGCUCGACGAAAGGAUUCAUUGAUAACUACAGUGGAGUUUGUGGAGAAGAAAUUCCCUGAUGUCUGGACGGAUGUGGCCACGCUUACAGCGAUGUGCCAAGCGCUUGUGGAUGUUGGCGAGUACCGACGGGUAAUGGAGAUUUACCGCAAGCUGGACGACGAAUGGGUUAACCAAGAGGCCAGCACGAUGCUGUUGAAUCAGUUUCUACUUGCUGCUGUUCGCAAUGGGAAUACUAACAACGAGAAGAAGCGAUCAAGCAAGAGCUUGUCGAAUUUUCAGCAAGCGAUGAGCAUCUUCGAUCGUAUGCGCGAGUCUCGGAAAGCCGCUCCUGACGACUUCACGUUUGCGACGUAUAUGAUGGAGCUGGAGAAACAUGGCAAGUGGACUCAAGUGCUGGAUCUAUUCAAUACAAUGUUAGACACCCAAGCACGCAAUCAGAACGUGCUAAGUAACGAUACGAAGAAACCAGUGAUCAAUGCUCUGUCUUGUUCCGCAGUGAUCCGAGCGCUACACAAGCUUCACGAAGCCAGUCAGGAGGAAAACAAUGCUGAAGACGAAGCUGGUGUUUCUUCAAACUCAACAAGGAAAUCGAAAUCUCAGCAGCGCAAGCUCAAGCAGGACUUGUUAGUCGUCCUCAAGCAGCUUCCAACUGUUGAUCUUCGCAAUAUCGGUCAUGCGUCGACGUUAAUUGAUACGCUGGACGAAUUCAAAUUAUUCACAGCAGCACGCCAGACAUUCAAGCGCGUACUGGACGAAGGGGUCAUUCAGAAGACUCCAUGGCGACUUAAAGACGGGUUUGAGAUCGAUUUGCACACUUUUUCUCGCGGUGUAGCCAAGUGUGCGGUCGUAUCUGCUUUCGACGAGAACACGCGCGCCCAACAAGGUAUCAGCGACGUCUCCCUUGCUGGCAAUGCACCACUACAGGAUCUUCGUAUUAUCACUGGCGUUGGAAGACGUAGCCAUACGUUUAUGAAGCCUGUACUGAAGCAAGAGAUCGUGGACUUGUUGACCAAGUCGUGCAGGCCACCGCUUUGGCCGUCUUCUCACCCGACCAACCCAGGCGUCUUGCUUGUACGUCAUAACGCUUUACGUAAAUGGCUCAAGAAAGGUGGGGCUAUUCGAUACUUUUAACGAAACAAACGUGGUCGUCCCCGUUAGUGCGAAGUAGUUUAUUCUGUCUCCUUGGUGCUGCUGCUACCGCUGUACGUACACGUAUCCUGCGGAUCAGAAACUUUCCGGAUGGCGUCCGUAAUGGCGAAGAAGUACGAGUGAAACUCGAUCUCUAAAUUGUCCAUAAACCACGAUUCCUCAUCAACCGCAUAUGGUAGUUUGUCUGCGGCUUCGAUGAAGGUCAUUGCGUCUAGUUCUUCAUAGGUGAGACCUGUCAUCUCGACGAACUUGCGAAUCCGAAAGUCCCGAGGGAUUUUCCCUACCGUAACACCAUCAGGAGACUUUACAGUCUCAGUGUCCACCACAUCUGCGUUGAGUUCCGAAUCCGACGUCAUACUCCGACGAUUCCAGUUGGCCGAUCCGAUAGUUAAGAACACGUCGUCGAUGAUCAUGAUUUUACUGUGGAUGUAGAUCUUCCGGUCCGGCCUCGUCGUGUAAAGUUUGAGUUUGUUCGGGCAUUUUGCUCGAAUGGGCUGGACCAUUUGGUACAGGUAUUUAAUGUAUCCUGCAUUCGUGAACGGCCCGGUUUCUUCGUUCGCAAUGACGAUAAGACGCUGGAUCUUGGGCAUCACUUCCAUAAUCGCGUCAAGAAGUUCCGGAACCAGUAC